CAGCCCAACUGAGCCGGCUCCAGUUCCGGGCUGCCCUCGUCACCAAUAGGCCCCUUCCCAGUCUUUUGCAUAGAACACCAGUCAGCACGUGCAUUUAGGCCCCGCCCGUCUCUCUAGUCUCUCGUGCGAUGGCUUUGUCCUGCCCUUUAUCGGUGCCGCUGCCUCCGGCCUCAGCUCGUGAAUCUGCCCAACCCCUGAAUUGCUAUUAGAGACUGAAGAGACGCGUCCUCGCUGACAGAGAUACUCAUGCUGAAAUGCAUUCCAGAGGAGAAUACAGAAGUUAAACAUUCAUAAAGAUGGCCUAUGUCAUUUCCUGGUUGUGGAUAGCGUUGCUUGUGUAGACAAAACAGCACCACACACACACAAGAGGAAGGUAUCAGCCUUGUAGAGGGCCUCAAGGUGGCAUCCAUGGGUCUCCUUUUCCCCAUGUUACUGUCACAGCAAUCCUGCACAUACUUAUCAGGAAGCAAUCCCAGUGGGGUUUACUUCUAACUGAGUAAUAUACAGUUAUUGUGACAUGAGCCCACAUUCGAAAUUGUGACAGCGGGGACCCCUUCUGAAACAAGUGAAGGGUGAAGUCUGUAAAGAAGUUUGGAGCAGCCACAUUAAAGGUCAGGCAGGGCAUUCCAGGCAGGGAGUUGCCAACCCUGCUUUGAUAUGGAUAUCGUUGCAGAGGAUUCCUAGUUAAGCCUUACCAACAGUACAAUCCUAAAAAUAUCUACACAGAAUAGGCUUUCUUCCUGCAAUGGCCUUCUGGUGACUGGCCUGGCCUGAGGGCACUUAAACCCUUCUUGCCAGAAGCAAGUAGUCUGGAUUAAAUGUUCCUUACCAAGGCUCUCUAAGCAGGUAAGAAGGAAUGAUCCCUUCACUUCAGCUGGAUCUGGAAACACCCUCAUUUAGCGACUUCGGGCUCUUGAUCCCCACCCCACCCUUUUACAAACACUACCUGUAUCUCUGAAGGAAUAUUUCCCAGCUGUGAGAGGCUAAUUAACGGCAGAAGCACAUACGUGUUAUCUCUAUGAUACAGAAAAGAGGGAGAAAAGUUUAAGUGAAAGCAUAGUCCGAAGUGCAGUUGCCUGCAUCCUUUUGCGUCCUUUCUAGACAGACCCAGGUGAAGGAUUUCUCUCCCCCUUCCCAGGAUUUGCAAUGUUUGGGACUGUGGUGAUUGGGAUUGGAAUUGCUGGAUCUGUGAGGAUCAGGGAUUUGCUGAAUCCUUUGCCUUCCAGCCCUGCAGAGCAUCUUAAACUAUUGGGCUUUGUGUCUAGGAGAUCUUUAGGCGAUGUUCACAAAGUCAAGCAAAUUAGUCUACAAGAAGCUCUGGACAACAAGGAGGUCCAUAGUGCCAUCAUCAGUACAGAUAACUGCAACCACAAUGAGACUGUCAGGAUGUUCCUGGAGGCUGGGAAACAUGUCCUUGUUGAGUACCCUUUGGCAUUGUCUGCAAAGGCAGCACAUGAGCUCUGGGAGUUGGCAGAGCAGAAAGGCAGAAUCCUCCAUGUGGAACACAUUGAACUCCUGACAGAGGAGUACAAGCAGCUGAAGAAAGAGGUGGCAGGAAAAGAGCUUGUAAAGGGAACAUUACACUUCACAGGUGGCCCGUUAGAUGAAGAACGCUCAGGGUUCCCAGCAUUUAGUGGGAUUGCCCGCCUGACCUGGCUGGUUGACCUUUUUGGGGACCUCACUGUCACAUCUGCCACGAGGGAAGAGCAGAAAGAGAGAAAUUACUCCAGAAUGACUGCACAUUUUCAGACUGCAAACAAGAGGCCUCUGACUUGGAUUGAAGAAAGGGCACCAGGGAUGAAACGGGACAAGGCAAUCAACUUCUGCUUCAAAAGUGGAUGCUUGGAGAGUCUUCCUGAGGCCCCCCGCUCACACGUUGGCCUCUUCAUGCAAGAUCUAAUCCUCUUUGCCAAAAAACUAUCGGGCCAGGUCUCCAAAGAAGAACUAGCAGCUGAGAAGAGGCGGAUUCUGCUGUGUCUCGACCUUGCUGAAGAGAUUAAAAUGCACUGUGAGUGGCCAACAAAAAUCUGCUCUUGAAGCUGCUUGAGAGUGUGGAAUUGGAUGCUUAGAACUACUGCUUCUUGUAGAAAAAAUAAUUUUUGGAGCACAAUUCCCUUCUAAUUUGCCAGCCAUGUGUUCUAUUUUCCUUAUGGGUUUGGUUUAACCUGGCAAAAGAGAAUAGCAUACAAAUGUUGCCUUGCCUUAGUGCAGGUGUGGGCAACCUCAGGCCCAGGGCACAAAGUCCCCCGUCUCCAGCCUUCUCUGUCAGGCCCUUCAGACUCUUUCAAGACAUGCCUCCUCCCUAGCCACACUCCUUCACCACCACCCCAGUGACUUUCCUUUGCACCCUCCGUGAGUGUUUUUCCCUGGGUAGAAUGUGUCCGUGACGUCUGAUAGUCUCUCUUGCUUGCCUGGAUGGGUGUGUGUGUGUGUAUAGAAAUUAGCCUACUACUCAAAGGCAAACUUUGCAUUUGUUGCUCCACCUGCUUUUGCCUCUGUCCUCACCCAUCACUGGCAACAGAGAGAACUGCCUUAUACCAGAUCAAACCAUUGCUCUAUCUAGCUCAGUACUGUCGACAUGAAUUGGCAGCAGCUCUCCAGCGUUUCAUGCAGGAAUCCUUCCCAGCCCUACCUGGAGACACCAGGGAUUGAACCUGGGACCUUUCACAUGCACUGAGCCUACAACCCUUGCCUUAUAGAUUUCAUCAGAAUGUCUUUGGGUUUUGUUGGUCUCUUCUCAAUGCAAGAGUAUAGGAGUGCUUCUGUGAGACAUUCCCUUGUUUGAAGGAACUGUGUGACAGCAGAACACUGAAAAUGGCAGCCCUGUCUUGAGCUUUCCUGCCCAAACUACAUGAUGUUUAGUUGGACUUCAUCAACACGCCUCUUAUCUCAUUGGCUGUUGCUGGGAGGGGUAGGGACAUUAUUGGAAGUGAGAGAACUCUAGACUUAGUUCUGCCCUGAGAACAAUCAAUCCAUGUAACUAGUUGACAGACACAUACAUGAGCUACAAAACCACUUCCAUGAAUUUGUCUCCAUUUUAACGUCUUGAAGAUAAAAAUCUGUCCUCCAACUGGAUUUUGCACUGAGUUUGCUUAAUUGCCUUAUGCUGAAUUAGAAUUUGAGAUUCCAGAACCUGUUUUGAUCCAGCUUAUUGCCUUCUUGGAGUUAAUUCAAUCUUAACUUUUGGUAAAACUUACUGGGAAACAACUUUGUGUAGUGAUUUUUUUGUUAUGAGAGUGCCUCCACAUAGCAGUAGUGAUCCCAUUAGGUGUCUUGAUUGUUUUCAAGCUGUUCCACUAGCAUGAUUAAUACCAGUUGUCACCAUGUGAGGGCGUAUUCGUAAGACUCACCAUACGAAAUUGGUCAGGUUAACCUUGUGAUUCUUUUGCUACAUCCUGUAUUUUAAGUGGCCCUUAGUCACUUGGCCUUAAUGUUUCAUAAGUACACACAAUAAACUCUACCAAUAUAAGAUGUGAAUUUGAAUGUAUUAAGGGGGAAGUGUCCAAGAGGACUGUAUGAAAUACAUUUGAAUUGUUGGAAACUAUAGAUAGAUUCACAGCGACUGCAUAGCUCUAGAAUUGACAUGCAUAAUAUAACCCUGAAACUGUUUUUGGUUAUGUUAUGGCUAUAGAAGGUACAUGAAAGAGAUCCAUUCACAGUCUCAAAGUAUACUGAAAGAAGACUGUAUACUGAAACAUCUGAGGACUGUGCCUUUCCCUUUGUGUGGGGCCGUGUUAUUUCUACCCAUUAUAGUCUUGGUUCUGUUCUAUGCUAGCAAAGCAUCUUAAGUGCUAUAAUCAAAAUAAGCUUUGCAGAAAGUGAAUUGUUCUAUUCCACUUGAGAUUUCAAAUAAGAUGUUAUUUCGGGCUCCUUGUCAUCGUUCUAGUCAAUUUCAGCCAUUUACUAUUACUCUAAUUAUACAGCCAGGAGAGUACUCAGAGGCACGUUACCAAAUUCUUCCAAGCUACACAGCAAGUGGAUUGGAGUGUGAAAGACCAACCCAAAUUGUGUUUGCAUUUUGACAACUUUGUAGGGCAGUCCAAUAUCUCAGAGAGGAGCUCAGUUCUCCUGCUCCCCUGGUGCAUUCACUAUAGCUGCCCAAUUUCCCUGCUUUUUAAAGUUUGGUAGAAAUAUCUGUGGGCUAUAGGUACAUUCUUAAACCGCAAGGUUUUUUGCCUAUUAGUGAAUAUGCUUUUAAAUUCUGUGACUAGCAAAUAGGAGCCUAAUUCUAUAUUCUGGAAAGAUGGAAGAAAACAUACCAAUCUUGGGCUUGAAAUGCAUGUAGUCACAAGGUAGAAAUUUGUGUGCACAAUAUACUUUUUUUUGUCUUGUAGGUAUUAUUUGGCCUUUACUGACUUGUCAAGAAAACCAUAUAGCUUAUUUCUGAGAGUGGGAGCAGGAUUGGUUGUUUUGCUUCUGUCAAUUGCUUCUGUUCAUUGCUAGUUUGAUACUGUUCCUGCCAUAUUUAUUUGCUUCUGAUAAGAGCCAACCCAAUAUACUAUAUUGCCUGAAGCAAAAAAUCCCAAAGGCACCCGCUCUUCACUAAUUAUUAUAGCCAUUAUACACAAUAGCAUUAUGUACCUGAUAGAUCUCCCAUUCUGCUGCCUUUAACAAUACCAAGUCUACUGCCUCCUAGUAAUGCCACCUUUGUUUCUGACUCAAGGGAAAGCCUGCCUAAAUUGCUGUAUGCAUGAUUCCUACAAUUAGUUUUACUGAAAACUCUUGCUGGAGUAUCUUUAGCUACUCUCUUUACUCACAGGAAAGGUCUACAGGUUUGCAGAGUAACAUGAAAAUGAGUGAGGACCAUAGAUCUCUGCUGCAACAUUAUGUAAUUUUGAAAGUAUGUCACAGAAAUUUCUCCACCAUUGCUGCUGAGAUCUGGGAGCUCCUAGUUCACAGUACUUUAUUCAUUCUAGCAGAUAGUUCCUCUGAUUUUUUUUAUGGCCAAAAUUCCAUAAAUUAAUGUAAACUUUAUAGAGCCAAAGUGAAAGCCACUAAUCUGAAUCAUCUUGACAAUUUCACUUUGUAAAGGGAGCUGGAAAUCUUCACAGUUAGAGGUUUUUCCAAUAUAUAUAUAUAUUUUCUCCCCAGGGGAAUGAAGAAAGUGGGUUGUUGCCUUGGAAAUUUGAUGAGUUACAUUGGCAAGUUUAGUGUGUUUGAGCUGGAUCCAGAAUAAGGCUAAAAACCUAUACCCACCUACCUGGGAGUAAGCUCUAUUGAACUUAAUAGGAUUUACUUCUAAGGAAACGUGUAAAGGAUUGUACUGUAAGUUAGUUGAACUUGAGUGCCAUUGAAAUAAGUGGAACAAGCUUGGAAUGGCUUAACUCCCAUUGAAAUAAAUGGGAACAUAGUCUGUAUCCAGCCCUUUGUAUUUUAAAAUAAUUGACCAAGGACUUUUUUAUUUCAUUUUAAAGGCAUACAUAAUAUAUAACUGGUUUGUUUUUUAAAGAAGAGAGAAAAUGCUUUCAUUCUAUGAUCUUCAGGGCUGACAUUUAAAUGCUAGUCAUUUAACAGUGCAAUCCUAUGCAUUCACUUAGAAGGAAGUCACACUAUAUUUAAUUAGACUUACUCAUAGGUCUGUAUGAUAUUACAGCCUAAGAGUAAUCAUUUUAAGCCUACAAUUCUAUACACGCUUAUCUGGGAGUAAACCCCACUGAUUUCAGGGGGACUUAUUUCUGUAGACAUAGAUAGGAUUCCUCUGUAGGUGUAACCACACACGAGUGCAAUGUUGUUUGCAGUUAUCUUUCUCCAGUAUUUUAUUUCUGAUAUGGACAGAAGUGAUAAGGGAAAUUGAUGGUCAUUGUACAUCUUUAGUAGCCUCUCAUGAGUUUAUCUUUAGAAACACUCCUGUUUGCUUGGAAUCCUUUAUGUAAUGCACUAAAAAUGAUGUCAGCCUCAGAAACAUCAUUUUGUUGAUGUACCGUGCUAUAAAGUAUGUACUGAUUAUUUUGUGUGCUGCCUUGACUUUAAUAAAAACAUAUGAGCUCAA